AUGAUAAUAGUAGAUAAGAAGCAGAAAACUGGAGGUAAUGACAACAAUAAUAGAUAUAAUGAAAAAGAAGAUCCUAGAUAUAUUACACAAACAUAUAAAUUUUCUUUGGACACUUUGAAUGAGGUUUAUAAUGAUUUGAUUAAUAAUCGUUCAAGACUAUUGGAUAUUUCAUCAUAUAAUUAUUUUGCGAAAUUUCGAAUUUAA